UCUAGAGCCUUACCCUCUACUGGGAACAGCCGCUGUCCAGGAUCGUGGCGAGGGAAGCAUUCAGCCCGGGCUCUGGUCCCUCCAGGGAGGACGGCGGCCCGGGCAGAGCAUCGAGCACAGGUUCCAGUUGAAAAUGGUCCAGAAAUAUCAGUCUCCAGUUCGAGUCUACAAGUAUCCAUUUGAGCUGGUCAUGGCGGCCUAUGAAAAACGUUUUCCGACAUGCCCCCAGAUACCUGUGUUCUUGGGCAGUGAGAUCAUUCAUGAAUCCAAGAGCCAGGAUGGAUCCAUUCACAUUGUCGAGCGCAGCUGCAAACUGACUGUAGAUGCACCACGGUUAUUGAAGAAGAUUGCUGGGGUCGAGUAUGUUAUCUUUGUGCAGAAAAAUGUUUUAAAUUGGAAGGAUCGAACUCUUCUUAUUGAGGCCCACAAUGAGACGUUUGCCAAUCGAGUCAUCGUUCAUGAGAACUGCAGCUACACUGUUCACCCUGAAAAUGAUGAGUGGACCUGCUUUGAGCAGUCAGCCUCUCUUGACAUCAAAUCAUUCUUCGGCUUUGAAAAUGCCGUGGAGAAAAUUGCGAUGAAGCAGUACACAGCCAACAUCAAGAAGGGGAAGGAAGUGAUUGAGUAUUAUCUGAAUGAGCUGAUCUCUCAGGGCAUCUCUCACAUCCCUCGAUGGACACCUUCCCCUGUCAGAGAGGAAGAUCAGAGAAGCUUGGCAGUUGACAAGCUGGACACAGACUACAUUGAGCGGUAUUUGGGGCAUCUCACCCCCAUGCAGGAGAGCUGUUUGAUCAGACUCCGCCAGUGGUUACAGGAAACACAUAAAGGAAAGAUUCCCAAAGAUGAGCACAUUCUUCGAUUCUUGAGGGCUCGAGACUUUCACUUUGAAAAGGCCCGGGAGAUGUUGUGCCAGUCCUUGAACUGGCGAAAGCAGCACCAAGUGGACUACAUCCUUCAGACAUGGAGGCCCCCACCCCUCCUGGAGGAGUUCUAUGCGGGCGGCUGGCACUACCAGGAUAGAGAUGGCCGCCCUCUCUAUAUCCUGCGUCUUGGCCAGAUGGAUACAAAGGGCUUGAUGAAGGCAGUGGGAGAGGAGGCACUCCUUCGACAUAUUCUUUCAGUUAAUGAAGAGGGACAGAAGAGAUGUGAAGAGCACACAAAUCAGCUUGGCCGCCCCAUUAGUUCCUGGACGUGCCUUGUGGAUCUGGAAGGGCUGAAUAUGCGGCACCUCUGGCGACCUGGGGUGAAGGCUCUGUUGCGGAUGAUUGAAGUGGUUGAGGACAAUUAUCCAGAGACGUUGGGGCGGCUGCUUAUUGUGCGUGCUCCUCGUGUUUUCCCUGUGCUGUGGACAUUGGUGAGCCCCCUUAUCAAUGAAAACACCAGGCAGAAAUUCCUCAUCUACAGUGGCAGCAACUAUCAGGGCCCUGGAGGACUUGUAGAUUAUCUGAAUAAAGAUGUGAUUCCUGACUUCCUAGGAGGAGAAUGUUUGUGCAAUGUCCCUGAAGGGGGCAUCAUCCCAAAGGCCCUCUAUCAGAUUGAAGAGGAUCAAGAAAAUGCAGAUAGGGUCCAACUGUGGACUGAAACUGUCUACCAGUCUGCAAGUGUGCUCCAAGGGGCCCCCCAUGAGAUAGCAGUGGAGAUUCUGGAGGGUGAGUCAGUGAUCACCUGGGACUUUGACAUUCUGAGGGGAGAUGUGGUAUUCAACCUCUUUCACUCCAAGCAAGCACCUGAACCAAGACCCAGGGAGUCCAAGUCUGGGAGUAGCGUACAACUCAUUGACCAAAGUUGGGUCCUGGGAGUGGAUUACAACCGUGUGGAGUCUCCUCUGGUCUGCCGGGAAGGCGAGAGCAUUCAGGGCUCCCACGUGACUCGCUGGCCAGGUUUCUACCUGCUUCAGUGGAAGAUGGCCACUCCUUCAGCCUGUGCAGCCAGCAGCCUCCCUCGAGUGGAAGAUGCCCUGACGUCUGUGCAGAGCCCUGGUCACAAGUGUAAACUCCUAUACUACUAUGAGGUGCUUGCAUCUGUAGACUUCAGGGGAUCCAUGUCCAGUCUGGAGUCCUGUACCAGUGGUUUCUCACAGCUCAGUGCCACUACAACUUCUUCCAACCAGUCCCAGAGUGGCUCCCUCAUCUCCAGAUAGCCGGGUCUGAGCCAUGUUGGGGAUCCUGCUGUACUCCGGCACCUGGAAGUGUCCAGAGCCAGAAAUCCUGCCUAACCUGAGGGCCAAGACCAUAAGGACUGGUGGCCUGGUUCAGAGGCUGCCAGAGAUGGUGGCUCUGUGGGGUCUACCAUGAUAAUCAGCUCAUAUUUUGGUUUUAUAGUAGGUGCAUCUGAGUUUGUGGCAGAUGCCUCAUUAACAAGACUUAACGAUUCUAACUUAACCAUCUUGAAUGAGCCCCUUCUAGUCUCCACUACUCCCCCCCCUCCAAAUCUGGACCUGUGAUUUCAUCAAGGUAGGGAGUUCCUAGUAUGGAGACUUCCUCCACUGAUGCACAUCACUGGAGGCAUUGAGAACUUGCCAUGAACACACACCUAGUAUGUGUCAGAGGCAGGACUUCAACACAGAUCUUCCUGACCAUAAGGCUGGCAUUCUCUCUCUACUACCCCACACUGCUUCUCAUUCCCAUGUGUAUACUAUUGUAUCCUGAAGUUAAUGGCCAUUUCCCCAGGUCUGGCCUUCCAGUGGCAAGUUUGGGAUCAGCUCUGUGAGGAUGGGUCUAAACAAGGCUAGACCUGAUGGGGUAUCAUCCUUUGUAUUAAGGAUGACACUUGGGAGGCCAGGGCGGUUUUGUUGCACGCCUAGGAUUUGUGUUCUCUAGAAUAAAACCAAAUGGUCCUGGACUGCCAAACCAAAAUAUGGUAUCAGCUCUAAUUUGAUCCCAGAGUGGGCUCUAGAGCUGAUCUGGUCUUCUGAGGGUCCCCAAGAAAUAAUUUCUGAACCAGAGAGAAAUCAUCUCCUUCCUGGAUGAGGUGCCAGAGGAAUGGUCUCACCAAAUUCACUCCCUUAUCGAUCCAUAUUCUGCCUUGGGGUCCUGGGGUGGGUAGGGAUAAGGAUAAAGUGGGAGAGAAUAUAGUAUUUAUUUAGACAUUAGGACUUAUUCGCAGGAAGAUAAGUGUUUCCUCUAUAGCCAUAGCCUUAACUGAGCCUUUUCCAAGUGGUGGGAUAUGUAACCAUUGGAAUUGUACAGACUGCAAAUAUAUCCACCUCAAUGUAGGAACUGCAUUUCGGGGCAUGGAGCACGAGGACUUCCAGACUAAUUCAAAACCUGGAGAAGAGGGGGAACUGUCUGUCCUUCCUAGAGCAUCCUUUCUCCCACCUGUCCUGCAGAGAGCCGGGCUGCCCACUGAUCCCUGGGUCUCUGACGAUGAGUACCUGUUGGCUCUUCUCUUUCCUUCUCAGGUAUAUGAGCAAUAAGUCGUGUCAAAGGGCUAAAGAAAAGCAGAUACCUUUUCCUGAAAUACUUAAGGUACAUUUUUGUACUUCAGAGCCUACCUCUCUUGGAGAGCUGCUCUGUGUGUGUGUGUGUGUGUGUGUGUGU